AUGGCUGGCCCCCCUCCGCCUCCUCCUCCUCCGCCUCCAGCGGGACUAGAUCUUCCCCCUCCUCCUCCGGCUUCAAUGCCCGUUGGAAGAGAUGCUUUACUUGGAGAUAUUCGAAAAGGUAUGAAUCUCAAGAAAGCAGUAACCGUGGACAAAUCCAAGCCUCUCAUCGACUCCAAAACUUCAAUUCUGACCUCCUCACCUCUGGCUUCCACAGGUAUUCCUCAUACAUCUAGCGCUCCUCCGUUGCCAUCUGGAGGUCCUCCCCAAUUGGGUGAUAUCUUUGCUGGAGGAAUGCCCAAGCUUAAAAGCGUGAAAGAUAACCGCAGCGGCCUUGUGCCUGCUUCAGCACCCAAGAUCCCGGUUCCACCAAUACAUCCUGUGUCUCGACCACAACAUUCGGCGCCACAGGCUCCACAGACGCCGCUGACCAGGCCCCCAAAACGGAAUCUGAUCACGGCUUCUUCGGCAGCUCCCUCAUUGCUGACGCCUCCCACCUCCUCGGGACCACCACCUUUACCAUCUGCUGCUCCGCCUUUACCUUCAGCAGCGCCACCUUUACCUUCAGCAGCGCCACCUUUACCUUCAGCAGCGCCACCUUUACCUUCAGCAGUGCCACAUGUGCCAUCAUCUCGACCUUCUGCAUCUCUUAAGGUUCCGAAGAUGCCUCCGUCGAGACCACGGAAGCUGGGCCACUUGAAAUCGAGCUCCAUCAGCUCGCUGGGCUCUUUUGAGAGUACACAGUCCUCGGAAUCUGUAUUGACUCCCCAGGCUCCUCCAGUACCUUCAGGUCCUCCACCUCUUCCCUCAGCACCUCCUCCACUUCCUAAUGCGGGUCCUCCGCCACCCCUCCACCGAAAGGCUUUCAAAAGUACUGCUCCGUCUGCUCCGUCUGCUCCAUCUGCUCCAUCUGCUCCAUCUGCUCCGCCCCUUCCUGCUGGUGGACUCCCUUUCUUGGCUCAGAUCAACGCUAAACGUGACGAAUCAAAUGUCAUCGACAACGUACCAUCGCCAGCAUCAAACUCCAGAGUUCCAUCUGUGCCUACAAAUGCUCCUCCUCUUCCUUCAAGUGUGCCUCCACCUCCACUGAGUGUUAGAGCGCCGCCGCUACCUCAGAGCUUGCCUGUUUCAGGUGGUUCGCCUGCACCACCACCUCCUCCUCCGCCUCCACCGGGAGGACUUGGAAAUUCCGUACCCAAACCUCCUGGAGGUCCUCCAGCACCUCCUCCUCCUCCUCCCGGAGGUUUAGGAGCGCCUUCUUCAGCCAAAAAGGGCAGCACCAAACCUCCUGUAGCGGUUGGUGGUGCCUUGCCAUUCAUUGACCAGAUCAAUGCCAAAAGAAACGAAACUUUUGUUGUGGACGGCUCAUCCUCAGGUUAUUCCACUACUCUGGAGACUCCAGCAGCUAAAACUCCUUCAAGGCCUCUGGCUCCAAGUAGUGCUCCGCCUGUGCCCUCUGCACCACUGAAGGAAUCCUCCCAGCCACUUGGAGGUUUGCCUUUCUUGAACCAGAUCAAUUCAAGAAGACUGGACUCGGGCUCCACUUCACUGGCUGCAGUUCCUCCACGGAUUCCGCCUUCUGUUCCGCCAUCAGCUCCUCCAAUUCCAUCUGGUAAUCCUCCCUCGCGAUCUCAAGCUCCGCCAGCACCUCCACCUCCGCCUUCUGCUCCACCGGCACCUUCUGCAGCUGUAACACAUUCUGCUCCAUCUGCUCCUCUUGCUCCCCCACAAAUUCCUGGUGGAUUGCCAUUCUUGGCUCAGAUUAAUGCGCAGAAGUCUGAUGAUUCAGAUAGUGAUACUGAUUCGUCGGCACCCAACUACUCAUAUUCUAGUCAACAGUCUACCCCGGUGCCUGCAAUAGCUCCUCCACCGCCUACAUCGGUACCACCCACGUCAGUUCCACCAACACAACUGGCACCUCUGUUGCCACAACUGGUUCCUCCACUGUUACCAAACGCUGCACCUCCAUCUGCAUUGUCUAGUCAGAGUACCAGAACCAAGAAAGCUGCACCUCCUCCGCCACCUUCUACAAUGGAUCAACAGCAGUCUGUAGGACUGUCACUUCGGAAGAUAUCUGCGCUGGCGUACACGAUUAACACCCACCAACGAAACGGAGCGGAUAGCAAGCCACAGAAAAUCGUUAUUGAUGACCUGAGGUACAAGUUUGCCAAUGCAGACUCGCUCCCACAUCCUAGAAGGUUUGAAGGAAAACAGAAACUUUAUCCAAGUGGCCGAGGGUCAUCUGUUCCGUUGGAUCUUUCGAUCUUUUAG